AUGGACGAUAAUAGCGACGAUACAUCAAUGGAAUACGAAAUAAAAAAGAGUUUGAUGACCCGGAACAAAUUAGCUAUAAUAAUAAAAGGGAACAACGGUAGUUUCCAGUUUGGUUGCGUUUAUUGUACGUACAAGGCGAACACUAAGAAGGCGUUGGAGAAACAUUUGCUAGUGCAUAACAAGCAAUACAGAUAUCUGUGCGGGAUUUGCGGAACUGGGUUAAAACGCAAAGAACAUUUAGAGAGACACACGCUCGAGCACAUGGAGAUAAGACCUCACGUUUGUCCUGAAUGCGGGAAAGGAUUCAAAAGAAAAGAACAUUUGAACAUACAUUUCGCUACACAUACCGGCAACAAGAGCCAAGAGUGCUUUGUGUGUAAAAAAUCGUUCUACCGGAAGGAUCAUCUACAGAAACACAUGCAGACGCACAACAAAAACUUAGCGAACAAAUUGUAUAUAAGCGAGCAAAUGUUGAAAAUCAAACAGGAGGCCAUGGAAAUGCUGGACGAUGAUAACGUUGAAAUAGAAAUCCGGGAUAACUACGAUCAGCCCACGGUUAAAAUCAAGGAGGAAAACUUUAAUGCUAUAUUCGAAAAGAAUUACAUCAAAAUCGGAACCGGAGAGAGGCCGUUCAUAUGCCUCAUCUGCAACAAGACGUACAAACGUAAAGAUCACCUCAAGCUGCACAGCAUGACGCAUAUGGAGAAGGACAAGGUCUGCUCGGAGUGCGGGAAAGCCUAUCAUAAGGAAGAACAGCUGAUGGCGCAUAUGAGCACACACAUGAAUCAGCCCGCGAACGAGAUAGAGGAGAUGCCUCUUGUGCAGAACUUAUACACCGAUCAGUCGAAUUUCUUUACCACGGAUAACAGUCUUUUAAUACCACGUUCAGAGUACAAGGCCGAACGGAAACAUAUCUGCUCGAUCUGUCAGAGGCGCUUUAAGCGGAAGCAACAUCUCAAAAUACAUCUAAAUGUACAUGUGAAGGAUAUAAACGACGGUGGAUCACUCUGGUGCUCAAUUUGUAACGAAGAACUAGCAUCGGCGUCUGAUUUAAACAACCACGAAUGUGCCGUGGGGCAAGACGAGUGUCCAAGCGAAGGGGAACAACAGCAGGCGACUCCGGAGGGAGCCAAGAAAGAGAAUACUUUGCCACACGAAUUCGUAUGUGUCGACAUGGGGCCCCAGGACAGCUCCCAGGUGGUGCUCGUCAAGGACGAACGCGACCUGCCCGUGCCCAGGCGCGUCUACGUCUGUAAAUACUGUUCGAAGACAUUCAGGAGGAAAGAUCAUUACAAAAUACAUUUGAACAUACACACCGGAAUUAAAUCGUUCUUCUGUCCCGAUUGUGGGAAAGGAUUCUACCGCAAGGACCACCUGCAAAAACACACGCAAGUGCACGCCAAAGCCAAACUAGUUGUGAUGCCAAAGAUAAAGAGUCUGCCGGGUCUGUAUCCGAUAAACUCAAUACCAAAGAAGAAGGAAAUAAAACCGGAAAUUACCAUACACGCCCCAUCCAACUCGAAGCUGCGUGUGCCGCUACAGAUCAAAGUGCCAUAUCAAAUGGUGAUGUCGAACGAGAACGGAGAGAGGCACGCCGUCACCAUCGACCCCGCCACCGACACAGUGCUAUAAACAACAUAGAUAGAACAUUUUAAAUUAAAAUCAUAAUUGAGAAGCGUUUAAAAACAAUACUGCCUAUGUUGAUAGGCAUAUUAAAACAACCGAAAACACGUGCAAAGAGUCAAUAAAAAAAUAUUUAUUUAGUUAACUAAGUACUAAAUAGCACAAACUAUUAGUCGUUUUUCGAAAUGCAUGUAUUGUACAAAAUAGCACUAUUAAGAUUAAUAAGUAUAUUUAUAAAUACGUUAAGGGCCAUCGGUACAAGUUAAUAUGUCUUAAACUGUUUGGAAUCUAAUGUGAUUAGUCGAGGUGUGUUGUUAGUAUUGGUAUUACCGAUAUCAGAUGAUACUAAAAAUCAAGCAAUAUUGUAUGUAAUAUGUAUCUUAUAGAAUAUCAGAUCUACAUAGUAUUUAAUAUUUUUCUAUACUUCGACAUGGAAUUAAUUGUAUUCUUAAUAAAAGCGAAUUCAUAUCACAGAUCAGUGAUAAUAGCUAAUCCGAUACGAUAAGUUGGUGUAUGUAUUAUUGAGGAAAUAACGGGUCAUGAAUUACGUUACUGGGUGAAGCUCACUGCCUACUCUGAGUUACGUGCCCAAUGAAGCCAUUCCUCCUCCCAUUUGGAGAUAUGAGGUUGAAAUCUCAAUUGUGUAGUGCAACGGCUGUCUCACACUUCAAACCUCAAAGCAUAUUACUGGUGGUAGGACCUCUUGUGAGUCCGCAGUAUCUAUAUAUAUAUACGCUAUCUCUGCCGUGAAG